GAAUGGAGGAUAUCUACAUUAACAACACUUUACCGGAUAAUGCUAGUUCCUUGUAUAAUGACACAAUAUUCAUCAUAAAUGUGGUGACAUCCAUAAUCAUCUGUAUUGGACUUCCUUUGACCCUCGUGGCCAUGUAUGCUCUUUAUUCUCUGGUGGGAAAGGAUAAUGUUGCUCCGAUCUACGUCAUCAACCUUCUCAUUUCCGACCUCAUUCAGUUCUGCUGCUUGAUCGUUUGGGUGGCACAACCUGAGGAUGAGAACAUAGAUAACAUAGCCAGAGAUAUUUACUACUCUGGUCUGAUGGCCAGUGUUUGCUUCAUGGUGUGCAUCGCCCUGGAAAGGUAUUUGGUCAUCGCCUGCCCACUGUGGUACCGCUUCAGACGAACCAUCAAGAUCUCUGUGGUGGUCUGUGUCCUGGUCUGGAUCUUUUCUCUUGCCAUGUGCUUCAUUUUUGCAUUUGUGUAUAUCUUAUCCAUAUUUUUCCUCCUUCCCCUCCCACUGCUCAUAUUCUUUCUGGUUGGGACCCUCAAAGCCCUGUCUGCUUCCAUCUCAAUUCACGCUGACGAAAAACGACGAAUUGUGGCAAUGUUGGUCCUGGUGCUGCUUAUUUACACGCUGCUGUUCCUGCCCAUAAACAUCUUGCUUCUGGAAAAACAUGACAGAUAUGACACGGCCCUCGGCAUCGUGGUUCGUGUGUUUCUUAGGUUGAGUCCUCUUGCAGACUUAGUUCUGUAUGUUUUAAUGAGGAAAGGGGCCAUAGACAAGCUUUUGGCCUCUGUGUGUUGUUGCAGAAUGGACAGCAAUGAUGUCAGCAGUUCAACAGUAAUCACUGUACAUGAUGAAAAAUAAAACUCUUUUCAAGAUCACUUAUUUGAUCUCAAUUUGUUUAACUCCAUUUUUGCACUCUUAUCAAUCAGAGCUCAGACUUAGAAUUCAUAUUUUUUUCUGUUUAAUAAUGAUGAGCAACACACUUGCAUUUAAAUUUCUUCAUAUGGUUUAUGCAGUUUAUGGUGUCUGUCCAUGUAUGAGUCUCAUAUGUGUCUUCAUAUUGUUCUUGUGACUAAAUCUUCUCCUACAAACAUUGUGACCAAAUGGUUUCAGCUGUACUUGUAUAAACUGUUGGGGAAUUUAAUAUGUAACAAAAUAUUUGAUAAACUCUUUAUUUGUU